UGGCUGAAAUGGCUAUGACUGGAUCUGAUUUUGGGUCGUAAAGUCGUAAAUGAAAUAGAAUGUCCAUACGCUGAACCCUGCGUUGCUUUACUGGGAACCGCAGCCGGGUGAGUGAUCGGUUAGCUUUCGCAUGAAGUAGGUGGUGAAGUAGAAGAAGAAGGGGAGAGGAGGAAGAGUCCGGCUCGCCGAUGGGCAGAACGAGAAAGCCUCUUCUUCUCACUUCCAACACCCAACUUCUUCACUCCUUCCUCAGGUUGGGGCAAGCCGGAGAGCAGCGAGACGACGACCGGAACUCGUCCGUAGCAUGGCUGCGGGAGCAGAAUGCGAGUCUCGAUGCGUCGUCGUACCGGCUGCGGGCAGGGUUGCUCCGAUUUCCGAGCGAUGGGAUUGAUCAAGUCCCUGAUGGUUUCGACGAGUCUCACUCCGUUGGCGUUUCCGUUUCCAUUCUGAAACGGUUGCGUGUGACCUCCGGGUCCUUGGUGCUUGUCAGAAAUCUUUUGACAAAUAUCGGAAGGAUAGGAAGAAUUAUUGUGUUAGGCUCUCCAGUAUCUGAUCUUUCAGAAUGCAACAACCAGUCAACCCAUAGUCUCAUCAAGAAUGCUCUGAAUGUUUUACCUUGUUGUAAUGUUCCCCCCAAUAUCCAUUUGGCAGAUCAGGGAACGGCAUAUCUCGCUCCACUUAUGGCCUUUAACAUAGGUCUGCAUCUUCUAUGUAUGAAAUCUCUUAUCCAUGGCAAUCAUGAACCCGAAAAAGCUGCCAGAGAACACGAUCAGGAAUUCAUGAUUUUGUGUGAUAAAUCUGAUGUACAUGUCGAAGUGCUUCCAUUGGACCUUAUUCAUCAGCUUUCAGCCUUCUCAACUUUGGUUGGAAAAAUGCCCAAACAUGAUGGUAAGCAUAUCUUUCUCAGGUAUGCGUCACAUUUGAGUGUUUCUUUUGUUAAAAUACCAAAAUGUGGAGCUCUUGAGCCGUUGAAGGGGGAGUUGUCACAAGAACAAGCUAAUCGCCAGGAGCUGAUUGAUAUAGCGCUACACAAUUACUUUAAGACGGACAGGUUCUUCUCAAAAGGUGACGUCUUUGGGGUACAAAUCAAAUGGAACUGCAAUUCCGAAUUUUGUACUUUUUGCAGCAAUAUUGGAAGAUCGAACUCAGCUGAGACAAUAUAUUUCAAGGUUGUCUUUAUGGAACCUGCAGAUGAAAUGAUUCUUCGAAUUAAUUGCAAUCAAACUUCACUUGUGCUUGGUGGAAGUGUGGCAUCUCGAAUCCCUCCUGAAUUAUUAUCAGGGAGGAUUGAAGAUUUUGUUCCUCCACAGCAGGAUGUUCUUCAAAUUUUGUUUUCUUUACUUGCACCUACUUUAUGUCCUUCAUCAAUUUCUUCAAAGUUUAGAUUGGCAAUCCUCUUGCAUGGUCCAGCAGGAAGUGGCAAACGGACUGUGAUCAGAUUUGUUGCUCGAUCCUUGGGUUUACAUGUUCUGGAGUAUAGCUGUCAUGAUUUGAUGGACGCCUCUGACAGAGAAAUUUCUCAAUCACUAAGAAAUGCCUUUCUGACAGCUCAAAGAUAUUCUCCUGCAGUAUUGCUUCUUCAACAUUUUGAUGUGUUGGGCAGCCUGUCUUCCAAUGGAGGCUAUCUAUCUGACCAAAUUGGUGUGGCUUCUGAGGUUGCAAAUGUUGUCAGGGAGUUCACAGAGCCAAAUUUUGAGGAUAAAGAAUAUGACUUAGGUGGAUUAUUGGACUCCAAUCCGUUUUUGCCAGAAAGUGAGACAAUGAGCCACAAGAUCCUUUUAGUUGCAGCAGCAGGUAGAUCUGAAGGUCUGCCACAGUCUAUCAGGCGUUGCUUCAGCCAUGAAAUAAGUAUGGGUGUUCCGAGUGAAUCACAAAGGACUAAAAUGCUCUUACAAUCACUGGAAUCUGUAACCAGACAUCCUCUCCUUCAGGAUGGCGGUGAUGAUGUUAUAAGGGAUCUUGUUGCACAAACAAGUGGAUUUCUUCCCAGGGAUAUUCAAGCUUUGAUUGCUGAUGCUGGGACAAAUUUCAUUCAACGGCUGAGUGACAAUGUUCAUAUUUCCAACUUUAAGAACAGGGAUGAAAGCAUUUCUGUCAAGGGCAUAAAUAAAACUUUAUGCAAGGAUGAUAUGUCCAAAGCGCUCGAAUGGUGUAAGAAGAGAACUGCUUCUGCAUUGGGUACCCCAAAAGUCCCAAAUGUGAAAUGGGAGGAUGUUGGUGGGCUGGAAGAUGUAAAAAAAUCAAUAUUGGACACUGUACAGUUACCACUAAUGCAUAAAGAUUUAUUUUCGUCUGGGCUGCGUAAACGGUCUGGUGUCCUUCUAUAUGGUCCACCUGGAACAGGAAAGACUUUGUUAGCAAAGGCUGUAGCAACUGAAUGUUCCUUAAAUUUCCUAAGUGUGAAAGGGCCAGAACUAAUUAAUAUGUACAUUGGUGAAUCUGAGAAAAAUGUUCGUGAUAUAUUCCAGAAGGCAAGAUCUGCACGACCAUGUGUUAUUUUCUUUGAUGAGCUUGAUGCCCUUGCUCCUGCACGAGGAAGUUCUGGUGAUUCUGGUGGAGUUAUGGAUAGAGUGGUUUCCCAGAUGCUUGCGGAGAUUGAUGGUCUCAAUGAAUCAACCCAGGACUUGUUUAUCAUUGGGGCAAGUAAUAGGCCUGACCUUAUUGAUCCUGCACUUCUACGGCCUGGUCGGUUUGAUAAGUUGCUAUAUGUAGGAGUUGAUGCAGACCCAUCCUACAGGGAGCGGGUACUUCGGGCACUUACCCGAAAAUUUAAGCUUCAUGAAAAUGUAUCUUUGCUUUCAAUUGCGAAGAAAUGUCCACCAAAUUUUACUGGUGCAGAUCUGUAUGCAUUGUGUGCGGAUGCUUGGUUUCAGGCUGCAAAGAACCAGGUAUCAGGCCAUCAGUCCAGCAUGUCUAUCAAUGUUGAUGAACCAAAUUCUGUUGUUAUAGAGCAUGAUGAUUUCAUCAGGGUCCUGGCAGACAUGUCACCAUCAUUAUCAAUGGCAGAGCUUAGAAAGUACGAAGCACUGCGAAAUCAGUUUGAAGGAAGUACAAAAUGAAUGUCCUAAGACAUUCGUUCUUGAUUUUCAUGUGCUAGAAGGCAGUUUGCUCCGUUAUGUACAGACCUACAUGGCAAAAUAGAAUUUUUAUCAAAAGGAAGCGAAUGUGGCAGCAGACAGGUGAAACAUCUCGAUCAAGAAAGUGGAAACUCUCUUACAUGGUCAUUCUACUCCAAAAGGGAUAUGUAAAGGUGUAAAUUGGCUUGGCCUAAAUUCAACUGAAAAUAUAGGGAUUUGAGUUCUGAUUGGAUGUCAUAAGAGGCACCAAAAGAAGGGGACAGAAAGAAGGUUCUACAUCAAGCCUAACUCAUUUGCACCUAUGCGGACAUGAAUAGCUUCUUUCAGCAUUUCUGUAUACAGUUCGCUUUUCAUUGACUAAUUUUCGUCUUACGAGAACUGAUUUUCUCUUCAGUGCUCUCUCAUGUUAGCCUCUGAACCGGAAGUAAAGAGGCAGAGAUAGUCAAAUCCAGCUAUUGUUUUUUCCAUUUCCUUCUUGUCUGAAUCCUGGCGUCCAAUUUCUUCUUGUCAUGCUUUUUUUCCCUUGUCAAAUCUGAUGGCAGAUAAUGUCAUUAUUUAAAGUGGUUUGAUGACUAUAAUCUAAUGCUGUCGACCAAUCGGGGCUAUGUAGAGCAAG